CACACCAUCCCAUCCCACUUCUCUCCGCAUCCACCGGCGAGGGGGCACCUUACCCCCCCGUCUCUCUGCCGUACCGCUCCGUCCUCACGCGCUCUUCUCCCCACGCUCCCUUGACCCCCGAUUUUAUCCGAUCCGCCGUAUCCGAACCAGCUUUGCCCAUUCACCAUGAGGCGCUGCAUUGUGCGGCUCGAGCCGCAUCUCCGCCGUCAGAUCGGCCAGCCGGUCUUCACGACGCCAUCUCCGCGGUUCGUCAGCAGCCCUGCCAAUCCUUUCGCUCUUCCUCUUUCCCUCACCCACCGCUCCGUUUCCGAACCGCCCUCCGCAGCUUUUACCAGCGCCGCCUUACCCCCCAGUGGCGCCGCGGGUAGCGGUGGCGGAAAUGGCGGCGGCAGCGACGGCGACGGUGGCUUGGGUGGGGGUGCCGCCGGGCGCGGCUUCCCAGGUCGCGGGAGAGGCGGAGGAGAGGCGGGGGCAUGUGGGGGAGGGGGAGAGGCAGCGCGGGAAGGGGAGUUGGCGGAGCCCCUUCUGCCCCCGGCUACGCGCGGUCGUGGGGGCACCAGGCGCGCCCGGGAUCCCCGGCCCGGGUCGGUUUCCCCCGGGCGCGCCGAUCAGUCGGCCCUCCGCGGCUUUCCCCGCCCAUUCUCCCCCGCAGCAGCAACUCGAGGCGCAGGACGCAGUUGGCGCUCCCCCUCCUACCCCUCCCCCUCCCUCGCCUCCCCCCGCUCCCCCGCGGGCGGCACCCCCAUAGGCCUGUCCCCCGCCGCGCUAUCCCGCAUGCUCGUCGCGUACGAGCGCGCAGGGAGGGAUGCUGACGUGGCACGCGUCCUCGCCGACUCGCGAGCUGGCGGCGUCCCAUUGGACAGCGCCGCGCGCGAGGCGGCGAUUCGGAGCGUCGCGCGCAGGCGGGACUUGGAUGAGGUGGAUCGGAUGGUGGGCGAGGCGCGGGCGGCGGGGUUUUUCUUAUCUGCGCCGACGUGGAACGGGCUGGUUGAGAUGUAUGCUGAGGUGGGCGAUAUCGAGAGGAUGGAAGAUGCGGCGAACCACGCCUCUAGGGCCGCUGCUGCUGCUGGCGCUGCUGCUGACGCCACUAUAGCUCCUCCCCCCCCCGCCGCUGCUCCCCCAGCGCCUCUCCCGCCCCCUGCUGUUGUUGCAACCGCUGGCGGCACGGGCGGUGACAGCGGUGCAGGUGGCAUGGGUGGCAGCAUGGGUGGCGGCAGCAGCAGUGAGCAGCUGAGUGCGAGGGAGAGAGAGGAGAUGCGCGUGAGGAUGAAGCUCCGACGAAAGGCUGCUGGCGCCGACUCUGACUCUGAAGCUGCCCUUGCUGCGUCGCAGCCAGCGUCUGCGUCAGAGACAGCUUCUCCCACUGCUGCGCCCAUUGAUGCUGCCGCCCCUCCUGCUGCUGCUGCUGAUGCUGCUGAUGCUCCACUCCCCCCACCCCCUGCUGCUGCUGCGGCUACCUCAUCUCCCCCACCUCCGCCCUUUACUCCCCCGCCCCCACCUUACACUCCCCCAACCGCGGCAUUCACACCCCCCCACACCCCCGACCGCCCCCUUCCCCUCGCCUCCACACGCGCCCUCCUCCCUUCACCCAGCAGCCUCCCCUGCCAGUGCCAUCCCGCCCCGCACCUCGCUCGCAGCCUCGGGCAUCCACCGAAUCUGCCAGCUCGGUAGCUCCCGCUGCAGCUGACGUGGCAGCUGCUGACGUGGGGGUCUCUCUUGACGAUGCUGCGAAGUCGGAGGCGCGGGAGCAGGUGCCCUUCAAACGGUCCCUCCAGGAGAGCCGCUUCCACCGCUUCUUCCGGGCCCUUCCCGACCAGCAGCAGCAGCAGCAGCAGCAGCAGCAGCAAGAGAGGGGGGCCGAAGGGAUUGCAGUAGAUGCAUCUGGUGCUGGCGGUAGUGGCGCGGGCGCUGCUGCUGCUCCGGCGUCAGGCUUGGGCCGAGGCAGUCUGAUGCAGGGAGGGCGCGGGGCAGGUAUGGUAAGGCCGGGCCUGGGAGGUCCGGCAGCAGGUGCGGGUAGAGGAGGGGGCAGGAUGGAUAGGCGUGUGGAGGAGUGGAGGGGCGGCGAGAGGGAGAGGGAGAGGGAGAUGGAAAGGGGAAGGGGUGAAGGGGGGAGAGACGAGAGGAAGGAAGGACAGGCGGCAGUGGGAGGGGAGGAGGCAGGUAAGGGCGCGGCUGAAUUCGCCCCAGAGACCCCCCCUCCCCCGGCCUUAUCCCGAGAGGAGGCCACUGAGCGUGCGCUGGGCAUUCUCUCCGCGUCUAUGGCUAAGGCUCGGGAGCACACCCGAGCCUCGUCCCGCCGCGACGCCGUCAGCCAGUUCGCCACCGAGGCUCUCGGCUCGGUCAUGUCCCGCCGCAGGCUCGGCGCAGGUCCGGGAGGGGCAGGCCCGGGAGGCGCAGGUCCGGGAGGCUCCGAAGGUAGGAGAGGCGGAGAGGAGGGGAGGAGAGGAGGGCAGCGGAGGGGCCCGAGGGAGGGAG